AUGGGCACGGUCAGGUUCAGCACGGGACGAGAGACCACGGGAGAGGAGAUCGAGGAGGCGUCGAGCGUGAUCCUGCACGCCCUCUAUCGACUGCGGCCGUCGGCCGAAGACGCGAGGGACCUGGAGGCCGACGGCGAAGCUGAGGUGGACAAGGUCCGCCUCACUGAAUUCACCUCUGGCCUGACCCAGCCCACGCCCACGCCCACGCCCACGCCCACGCCCACGCCCACGCCCACGCCCACGCCCACGCCCACGCCCACGCCCACGCCCACGCCCACGCCCACGCCCACGCCCACGCCCACGCCCACGCCCACGCCCAACGAUGAAUGGAUGGUGGCGGCGGGCGCACAGGGUUGCGGAUGUAAGCUGUCGCCCGCUCGCUUGGCCGAGAUCCUCAAGUCCCUGCCCCUGUCGCACGACAAGAACGUGCUCGUGGGAUCCGACACCUCCGACGACGCCGCCGUCUACCGGCUCACCCCCGACAUCGCCGUGGUGAGCACCCUGGAUUUCUUCACGCCCGUGGUGGAUGACCCCUACACUUUCGGCCAGAUUGCCGCCGCCAACGCCCUCUCGGAUGUCUACGCCAUGGGCGGCACCCCCCUGUUUGCUCUCAACAUCGUGGCAUUCCCCUCCACGCGCCUGCCCAUGGGCGUGCUACAGCGCAUCCUGCAAGGGGCGCAGGCCAAGGCAGAGGAGGCCGGAGUGCGCGUGGUGGGCGGGCAUUCGAUCGACGACAACGAACCCAAGUUCGGGAUGGCCGUGACGGGCGUGGUGCACCCCACCAAGGUAGGUGUUGGAGCGGGCGUGUGGUUCUGCCAAUCCUGGGUGGUGGUGGUGGUGGUGGCCGGCGGCGAUUGGAAGGCGUAUUCUGACCGGAUGCGCGGCGCACCGCAGGUGUUGCGAAACGUGGGCGCCCAGGUCGGGGACGACCUGCUGCUGACCAAGCCCAUCGGGACGGGCAUCAUCACCACCGCCCUCAAGCGCGGCCUGGAGAUAGAGAUGGCAGCCAUACGGACCAUGACGACCCUGAACGACAAACCGCUCACGGCCAUUCGAGAAGUGGGGUCCGUGCACGCCCUCACCGAUGUCACGGGCACGUCACCGCUCCCCCUCCUGCUCCUGCUCCUGCUCCUUCCUCCCCUCCCCCAAUGCCGCUUUGGGCUGCUGGGACACCUCCGGGAGAUGGCCGAGGGCAGCGAAGUGGACGUCGAGGUGUGGCUAGACCGGGUGCCGAUGAUGCGCGGCGCGUUUGAGUUUGCUGCAGCGGGCGUGGUACCCGGCGGUACCAAGGCGAACCUGGAGUACCUCGCGCCCGUGGUGAAUUGGGCCGAGGGCAUAGGCACCGUGGGCAAGCACCUCCUGUGUGAUGCGCAGACCUCGGGCGGGCUGCUCAUCGCCAUUUCGCCCGACGCCACUGCCGACCUCAUCCACAGGCUCGCUUCUCUGGGGGUGGAGUGCGCCGGACACAUUGGGCGGUGCACGGAGAGGGGGACCGGGCGCAUCCACGUUCACAAGUCAGAGCAGUCUGCGCGGAGCACAACCCACACCUCAUGA